AAAUGAAACUAGACAGGAGACAAUGUCUGAGUGGUACACGAUGUGAAGCGCACGAAGUUAAUUUCAGUGCCAUCUUUACAAGUCUGUUGGUAGCGUUAUCAGUAUCACACGCAUUUUCGGUGGAAAGGUUAAAUGUCGAAGGGACUCUUGAUCGUAUCAGCGACUCCGAUCUUAGGUCACAUAGAGAAUUUGAAACAAACUACACGGGACCCGUCCUAGAAAAUGAAAAAGUUACUCUAAAAUUUAUGACAGACCUCCUGAAAUUUUAUAAUGACUGUUUAAUUAUUACCUCCAUCGAGAAACCAUACAGUAUUUUACCUGAAAAGGACGUCUUUACGAUUUUGAAGCAAGCUCGAGACUACUUCAAGAAACAACCAUCCUUAGUAGACAUAAAACUACCAAAAAAUGAAAAUAUCACGGUGUGUGGUGGCAUGCACGGUAAACUACUAAACAUCGUGCAUAUAUUUUCCUUGAACGGUCUUCCCUCACCAAAAAAUCGUUAUUUGUUCAACGGCGAUAUCACGGGCAGACGCUUCAAAUCCAUAGAGUGCCUUCUGCUUUAUUUCGGAUUCAAGCUGUUGUACCCGGACGCAGUUUUUAUAAAUCGCGGCCAUAAGGAGGACCAAGGGCAGAACUACGGAUUGGACGAUCUCGUCGAAGAAUGUAGAACGAAGUAUCCUAGGAAUUCAAAACUGCUCCACGGAUUCUGGGAGGUUUUCCAGUGGAUGCCACUUGCGCAUAUUAUCAGCACUGAUAUCGCAGAGAAGAAGAAUGCUGGUGCAGAGGGUAGCGCCAUGUCCCCAAUUUACGGUCGAGUUCUCGUCACCCACGGAGGGAUGUUUCCCAAAAAAGGCGUGACGUUAGAUGAUGUCAAGAAGGUCAAACGGGGCUGCGACCCUACAAAUUCAGGUCCAGAUCUUUUAAUAAAUGACAUGCUUUGGUCGGAUUGGAAUAUACCCGAAGCAUGUAGAAAUGUUACGCAGGUGGAAAAAAAUCAACCGAACAUUACGUCUCAGAUAGGGCCAGAUGAGAGCAAAUCCUUCUGCGAGGCGAACAAAAUUGACUACAUCAUUCGCAACUUCGCGCCCUUGGAUGAAGGAUACUGCGUAGAGCACAACGGCCGAAUCGUAUCGCUAAUAUCAACGGAUGAAUUCACCGAUACAGCGAAGGGCUUAAACAAGGGUGCACUCAUAGUUUUGGAGUCCCCCUCGUUGAUUCCAAGGUUCACGAAAUUCCGCUUCACUUUUGUUGUAGAGGAAUUCUUAAAAACCCGAGUAAUGAGACGAUUUUGGACGGACGAAAAAGAUAUCCCAAUCGGAAAGUAAGACGCACACAUUGCCAUAAGGUAUAAAGUUGAAAAAAUAUCGUAAUUACAUUGGCACAGAAGCCUUAAUACACAAGCUACAAUAUCACGUGAAUUGCAUUUCGCAAUUUGGAACUAUAAAUUCUGGCUCAUCUGAAAAAAACACUUAUGCGCAUAGGGAAACUAAUGGCACAUACGUUGUUUUUAAACCGGGCCAGAAUUUAUAGUUCCAAUUUGCAAAAUGCAGUCCACUUGCACAUGCCUGUCAUCAGCAAAGUACGACGAACCGUAGCCAAUCUCCUCGUUAAGUUGAAUGUAUGCAAGAAUUGGACUUCAAAUUGCAAUUUGGAACUAUUAGUGCUGGCUUAUAGUUAUAAAAACACGUGUCUGCAUCGGGAAAAUAACAGCAGGUAUGAUGUUCCUAAAAUGAGCCCGAAUUAGUUGUUCCAUGUUGCAAAUGUAGUCCAAUUAACCUAUGCCUCCGUACCAUACAGAUGCGAGUAAUCAUCAUCAGUCAUUAGGACAUUGAUUGAGCCGAUUCACUGUUCCCUUAGUAAGUAAAGCGAGGGUUUUCUUUUUCUUUUUUAAAGAGAAUCGUUAACACUUUAAGUACUUUCAUUCGUGGAAUACUGUUGAGCGCCUUGCUGUAAGAAACGAUUUAGUAGAUAUCAUGAGUUGUGAAAAAUUGUAAUUAAUGAACAUACGCCCAGCAAGAAUGAAAUCGUGAAAGAAAACUUAUGCCUUUGAUGUAUAAUCUCUACUGUGUUUUUUCCCUUUCUUCCUUCUUUUGCACUGUUCUCCAUCGCAGUUCUGUUGUUUGUAAAAAUGUAUAAAUACUUUGUUAUGUUUUC